GGGUCAUCAGACAUUGGAUCGUCUGGCUCGACAGCGGGCAUCGGGUCACCAGGCAUCAGCAGGCACCGGGUCAUCUGGCACUGGAUCGUCUGGCUUGACAGCGCGGGCAUCGGGUCACCAGGCAUGACAGCGGGCACUGGGUCAUCAGGCAUUGGAUCGUCUGGCUUGACAGCGGGCAUCGGGUCACCAGGCAUGACAGCAGGCACUGGGUCAUCAGGUACCGGAUCGUCUGGAUCGACAGCGGGCACCGGGUCAUCAGGCGUUGGAUCGUCUGGCUCGACAGCGGGCAUCGGGUCACCAGGUAUGACAGCGGGCACUGGGUCAUCAGGUGUGAUAGGAUCAUCAGGCUGCAUCAGUUCAUCAGGCUGGGUACAGACAUCAGGCUGGGUAGAGACAUCAGGCUGAAGUGCGGGUGCCGAGGCACCAGGCUGAACCACGGAAGGCAGGAUCUCAGGCGGCAGGCUCACCGGUUUGGAUACUGGCAGGAUGGUACUGGUUGGAAAG